UACCAAGUCCAGGCUUCAGCAUCCCAGUGGGCCUUUGCAGCGGGCACAACCUUCCGCUAUUCCCAAACCCAGCCCCCGGGACACAGAGAUGGAAAGUAAUUCUGCAUCUGCCAGUUGCCUCAUGCAAAGCGGGGAAGCUUGGGGGGACUGAUGCUGCAGCCAGAAGGGGGAAGGCCUGGGCAGCAGCAUGGGACAGGGACAGAGCAUGGGGAGUGGGGAAUUGCUGGAAGCAUCGCAGGUGGGAGCCCAGGAAAUGCACUCAUGCCCAAAAUGCUGUAUUAAUUGGCACUAUGUGGCCUCCUGCCAAUGUGGGCUAGCAGCAUCUGGGCUUGGAGCCUUCACCCCAUGGUCUUUUGGGGUCCUGGGAGUGCUGGUGCCUGUGGGCCUCGGAUGAGCAGCCUGGCUGAGCCCUGGGCUGCCCUAGGAGAGGUGCGGUGUAGCUGCUUUGGGGUGGCAGCCUCUGUGCUUAUUGUUUGUCCACCAUAGCCGCUGUCAAGGUUGGGGGUUGCAGACAGCCGUCCUGGAGGCUCUCCACAGCAAUUCCUACCACGGCUUCUCGCUCCCGACUGCGGCCGCUGGGAAAAGUGGCUUCCCCCAAGCGCUUUUGCCUCGGAUCAACUAUGCAGGAGGUGAUGUGCAAUACGACCCAAGAGCUGAAGGCAAACGGUAAGGCUGACCAGACAUGGGUGUGUGUUGGGUCCUCUUUUUCCAGUGAGUUGGCCCCUGGCCCAACUCCAGGGUGUGGAGAUGCAGUCCCUGCUGAGCAGUCUGCAGGUGAUCAGCUGUCCCAGGAGCUGAAGCGUGUAAAGAACGAGCUGGAGCGAGUGAAGGGCGAGCUUGCUGACAAGACUGCCCAGUGUGAAGCCUAUCGUCAGACGAUCUCUUCCUUGCAGGCUCAGCUCAGAGCAGCAGGGGUUUUGAGCAGCUGAGCACCACCCAGGAGAGGACAAGAUGUUCAGAGGAGAAAUGACCAGCUUUGGGAAGAAGCUGGUACGCCGGCGCAUGGUGGAUCUGAGCUCUGAGGACACACAUUUCGCUCGCUGCCUCUCCAUGCUGGACCUCAUAGCCCUGGGGGUGGGCAGCACGCUGGGGGCUGGUGUAUAUGUGCUGGCCGGGGAGGUGGCCAAGGACAUGGCUGGUCCCUCCAUCAUCCUCUGCUUCCUGGUGGCUGCUUUCUCAUCAGUACUGGCUGGACUCUGCUAUGCAGAGUUUGGGGCCCGCGUCCCCAAGGCCGGCUCUGCCUACCUCUACAGCUAUGUCACCGUUGGUGAGAUCUGGGCUUUCAUAGCCGGCUGGAACCUCAUCCUCUCCUACGUGAUAGGCACAGCCAGUGUGGCUCGAGCCUGGAGCGCGGCAUUCGACAACAUCAUUGGCAACCACAUCUCCACCUUCUUCAUGAACAAGACCACACUGCACGUGCCGUUGCUGGCCGAGCGCCCAGACUUCUUCACCCUGAUCCUGAUUGGGCCGCUCACCGCACUACUGGCCUUUGGCGUCAGCGAAUCAACCUUUGUGAACAAAAUCUUCACGGCGGUGAACCUAAUGGUGCUGGGCUUCGUCAUCAUCACCGGCUUCGUGAAGGGAGACAUCAAGAACUGGCAGCUCUCAGAGGAGGACUACAACCGCUUGUAUCCGAAUCCGCCGGAUGACGUCAGGAAAGAAGUCUUCGGCUCUGGUGGGUUUGUCCCCUUUGGACUGGAAGGCAUCCUGACCGGUGCUGCUACCUGUUUCUAUGCCUUUGUGGGCUUUGACUGCAUCGCCACCACAGGGGAGGAAGCCAGGAACCCACAGCGCUCAAUCCCCAUUGGCAUCAUUGUGUCCCUCCUCAUCUGCUUUGUGGCUUAUUUUGGGGUCUCCGCCGCCCUGACCCUCAUGGUGCCCUACUUCCUUCUGAACAAGGAGAGCCCCCUGCCUGAGGCUUUCAAGGCAGUGGGCUGGGAGCCUGCUCGCUAUGCUGUUGCUGUCGGCUCGCUCUGUGCCCUCUCUAGCAGCUUGCUGGGCUCCAUGUUCCCCAUGCCCCGUGUGAUCUAUGCCAUGGCAGAGGAUGGGCUGCUCUUCAAGUGCUUCUCCAAGAUCAACAGCCACACGAAGACCCCUCUCUUAGCCACCGUCACCUCAGGGUUCUUGGCAGCGGUGAUGGCCUCUCUGUUUGACCUGAAGGGCCUGGUGGACCUCAUGUCAAUCGGCACACUGCUGGCCUACUCCCUGGUGGCGCUGUGCGUGCUCAUCCUCCGGUACCAGUCCAGGCAGCUGAACUCCCCGAAGGCCAUGGAAAUGCUGGAGCUGAAUGGGAACGAGGAGGAGAGGGUGAUUAUGAACCCAACCAUCACCACCACCAGCGCGCAGCAGAAAGAGACGCUGUCCCCAGCGAUGCUCUUCAACCCUCCCACAGACACCCCCACUGCGCUCUCGGGGCGCAUUGUCUACAUCUGUGUCUUGGUCAUUGCCAUGCUGAUCACGGUCAUCUGCGUGGUCCUGACUUUCAAGGUGACCGCACUGAAGGAUGCCAGUGUGGGCUGGAUUGUGGCCCUGGUGCUGCUCUUCGUGGCGCUGCUCAUUCCCACCAUCAUUGUUUGGAGGCAGCCGCAGAGCAACACACGGUUGAACUUCAAAGUACCUUUCCUCCCACUCCUGCCCAUCUUUAGCAUCUUCAUUAACAUCCUGCUCAUGGUACAGCUGAGUGCUGACACCUGGAUUUGUUUUGCCAUCUGGAUGGCUGUGGGUUUUACGAUUUACUUCGGCUAUGGGAUUCGGAACAGCGUGCAAGGGAAGAAGGCAGAGGAACCCUGUGCCACAAUAGAAAAGCCUCUGCACCACCCUGGACUGGACCUCAACCCCGUGGCUGCUGUGGUCUGAGGGACUGGGCACCGGCACUCUGUGGACGUCUGCCAGUAUUCCUGCUCGGGUACAAAGUUAUGAUCUGUAUAGUACAUCCAAGCCCUCUCCCAGGGGGAGCGAGUCCCGGAGUCAGGACUGUGGAGCUGUGUCGUGCGCUGCCCUUUCCCCUGACAGAGCAAAAGUUACGGAGACAAGUUCCCGGGCCAGGUGGGAGCACUGGUGGCCCGGGGCUGGUCUGUGCCAUCCCCCCAACCCUGCUGAGGGGCAGUGACACUGGCAUGGCCCUCAUGCUGUGGAAGCUGCUGUCAAAAAUGCUGCUUUCCCUGCACACAGGAAGCCCCAUGUGAUGGUGCAGCUGUAUUUGUUCUCUCUGUCUAUGUGGCUGUGGUCAGGACCUCCUCUCCGUCUUUUCCAAGUGCUGGGCGUGUACAUAGCAGCCAUAGAUGUAGCUGUGUGACCAGGCUUGGGGCAGCUUGUUCUGGUACUGCCAGCAUUCUGGUGCUCCCUGGCAGCAUGGAGCUCAGCUGGCCAAAACUCUGUUUGUGCCUGGGAUUUGUGAUUUGCAUCCCCAUUUGCUGAGCCCUGUGCUGCCGUGGCCAUGCUGCUUGGUGUCAGCAUCUAGCUCAGAUGUCUGUGAAGAUGUCCACAGUGUAGCCAUACCAAUGUCCAACCUUGUAUGCCGUUGUAGAAUUGUUGUUUUAAUGUUGAC